AUGAAGAUUCACGAUGGACCUCUAGACGUUCGGGAGUGCGUGUCCAAUUCGGAAUUUGUGGGAUACUCGGGUUUCCAGAACGCCAUUGGUGAGAAAAAGGAGAUGGAAAAAACAACCAAGAUGCAGACAGUUCGCGUGGUAGCGUUGAUGGUAGCGCUAGAAGACCGGAUGCGAAUGGGGAACUGCGCAGUACGGAUGAGACUAUUGUGGGAGCGUAUCUGCAGGAGUUACAUUAGUUGCUCGUUGAUGUAA